GGAGCCCCCCGGGUGGGGAUCGCGCAGAGCUGUUCGGGGGGCAGCGCCGCGCCAUGGACUCCAGCGUGAGCAUCGACCUGCAGCCCCGCGACGGCGGCAAGGUGGGGUCGGGCGCCUCGGCUCCCCCGUACUCCACCUACACCUACACCGGUCCCGUGCAGGGCUUCCCCGUGCAGCAGCCGCCCCGCGACUUCGUGCUCUGGUCGCUCUUCAACACCAUCUUCUGCAACGUCUGCUGCCUUGGCUUCACGGCUCUGGUCUUCUCCUUCAAGGCCAGAGAUCGUAAAGUUCUGGGUGACACUGAUGGAGCAGGAAGCUAUGGCAAGACUGCCAAGUGCCUGAACAUCACGGUCCUGGUACUGAGCCUCUUGACAGUGGUUCUGAUCAUCAUCCUCGUGGCAACAGGAGCUGUGGCUGGCUUACACGUAGCUCAACAGGGGAACCAAAACAGGAUCAACUACCGCUUUAACUAUGGCAACUAAAUCACCCCUCCGGAUUCUCUCCAGCUGGAUGACUUCUCCCCAAGCUUCCCUUACUCAGCUCUGCUUGCUUUGUUCUGCUGUUUAAAUUGUCAAUGGCAGCACUCUCCUGAUGUAACUGGAACCCAGCAACUCUCUUUGCGAUGUGGAGAUUUACACUCCACCGCCCACCCCCGCUUUCAGCCACCACCCUUUUGCUGAGACUGGCUGGUGGAUCCUCCUUCCAAAGUGCCACCAGCCAAAUCCUACCUUAACAGGAUGGAGGGAUCACUAUAGAGAUGAGGGAGGGGGAGUUUCUAACAUUGCUGUUUCCCCCACCCCAAAAGCAGAAUGUCUUGCUUUCAAAGCCCUCUGAGAUCCUGCAGUUGUUAGGGAGGGUCAGCAUUGUUCUUAUGAUUAUUCAGAAUUUUCGCUUUAGAGAAUUAUUUUUGUAGAGCUCUUCUUGGCAGAAAUGUGCAGGGACUAUUUUCAAAUAAAAGUUUUUUUCCUCUUCUAAA